UGGGGCCCCCGGGCAAUAGGGGAUCAUGGGGCCCCUGUGUCCUUGCUCAAACUCAAAAAAGCCUAUGAAAAAGGUACCAGGGGCAUCUCAUGGGGCCCCCUACUGACCCCGGUCCCUCGGGCAGUGCCCGAGUUUCCAAAUGGUCAGUCCGCCCCUGGACCCCAUAAUAGGAUGCGCUUGCCACUUACCAUUGCGAGCAGUACUGCCACGCUAGCAUCCUUUUUUAUACCUGUAAUAUAUAUAUACUGUAUAUAUAUCCUAUAGUCAAUACAUUCUAGAGUGUUUUGGAAACAUUUUCUAUACUCUUAUUUUCACU